AUGAUGUUUGGCAUCAGGAAGCGCAUCCAGGACCACCUGGUGGAGCGAAGAAUCCGCCGAACCCGGCUGGUGACCAAAUAUGGCCAAUGCAACAUUGAAUUUGGUAACGUGAAAUGCGGCAACCAGUUUGCCUUCCUCGUGGACUUCUGGACGACCUUCGUGGAGUUCCGCUGGUGCUUUGUCCUCUUCUUCUUCACCGUCUCGUUCAACCUGAGCUGGUUCAUCUUCGGACUACUGUGGUUCUGGAUCGCCCGGAGCAACGGGGACCUGACCUGGCAGAACCCCCCAAAAGGCCACAAGUACUGUGUGGAAAACGUUUCCGAUCUCAUUACAGCAUUCCUCUUCUCCAUGGAGACCCAGACCAGCAUUGGGUAUGGUGUACGCGUCAUCACCCCUCACUGUUCUGGUGCUGUAACCCUCAUCAUUACCCAGUUUCUCAUAGGUUCCAUCAUCAACUGUUUCUUGUGUGGAAUCAUCCUGGCCAAGAUCUCCAUCCCUAAGAAAAGGGCCAAGACCAUCACAUUCAGUCAGACAGCUGUCAUCUGUCCUAAGAAGGACUUCCUUUGCCUCAUGAUAAGAGUGGCCAACUUACGCAAGACCCUGAUGAUCGGGAGCCAGAUUUAUGGCAAGUUGUUGAGGACAACCAUCAAACCCAAUGGGGAGACAAUCAUCAUGGAUCAGGUGAACAUUGAGUUCAUGGUGGAUGCUGGGAAGGACAACCUAUUCUUUGUGUGCCCUCUCACACUCUACCAUGUGAUUGACAAGGCUAGCCCUUUUUUUGAGAUGGCAGUGGACACACUCCAUAAGCAGGAGUUUGAGCUGGUGGUCUUUCUGGACGGCACAGCCGAGACCACCAGCUCAGCCUGCCAGGUCAGGACCUCCUUCAUCCCUCAGGAGAUCAUGUGGGGUUACAGCUUCCUGCCAAUCAUCUCCCGCAGUAAAGAGGGCAAGUACAGAGUGAACUUCUCCAACUUCUCCAAAGUGGUGCCCGUGGCCACUGCACAUUGUUCCUACUGCUUCCACAACAUGAAGGGACACCACCUCCACUCCAUUAAUGGAAUCGACAACUGGGAAUUUGAAGCAAAUGAUAACAUAGAACAACCUAAUAUGACCAAGUUGUGA